ACAUUGACAUGAGAACAUGCCAGGAAAGUCCUGGAAGUAGUUCCUAAACAUAAUUUGUGGUGGACAUUGGUAUGAGAACAUGCCAGGAAAGUCCUAGAGUUGACCCGAAAUGAGUAAUUUUAGCUUACCCUUUUCUGCAAAUCAAACGAAUGGGAGAUUCAGUUUCCAUUUUCAAGGAGAAAUACAAAGAUUUUUAGUCAUUUGAGGCAUGUCUGCUAAGAUUUUUGCUUUUGUUUUGCUGUUGAUACUGUCAUCAAAGUGUAGUGGGAUAAGAGAUGGAGAUGAUCAGAAAGAUACAGAGGAUGAUUCAUGUUUGAUGAGUUGUAACACAGCCUCAGAUGCACACCAUAUCCAGUUAAAAUUCAACCAUUCGCCUGGGAAUGUUACACCCAUAGAUCUAUAUGAUGAUUAUCAAAAUUAUGUUGCCAUAAAAAAUUUGACUUCACACAGGUUACCGAUUCUAUGUACCGUCACAAGUUAUGAAACCGCUUUCUCUGCGGAAAUCAAUGCGUUUACCAGGAGAGCCAAGGCAAACGUACUUUGUGCGCUGCCUGCAAUAGAUAAAGCAACAAUGGGAAACGAAUCUUCGACGAGUUACAUGUCUCGUCAUAUGUACGAAAUUGCUCGCGAGAUUGCCAGUCUAAUCGGCGACUACCUAUGGUUGAAGCCUGGGACGACUGUUUACGAGGAAUCUGAUAGAAUUAGUGAUUUAGACAUAGUCACUUUCAACUUGAACAGCCGUAAUCCAACGCCGAAUACAGGUGGGAUCAUUCAAAUGGCUGCAACUUUAUCAUUUUCGACAUCCAAGCCAGUUCACUAUUAUACAGAGAAAAGCAUUGCCGUACCAGUAAGAUCGAUUCCCAUGCAGUUUCUUAACAUAAGCCAGGACGAGAAGAACCAUAAUGAAGCACAAAUAACAGGGUUUUGGACUGAUCUUUUUAAAGAAGCUGUUGCAGUGAUGCCAAUCAAUACCACUUAUAAAUUGGUUCCUUUCUACGGUUCUGAUGAUCAAUUGUUUAAGGCACUUGCUCGCAGGACUUUUGAUGCAGCCAUUGGCUUAACAGUAAUGACCAGAAAAGGGUCCGAGCUCUUAGAAUUCUCAUAUCCAUAUUUCGAAGUAGGCCCGAUGCUAGUGAUGAAGGAAAAGCCUGAACCGAACCAAGUUUUUUCAUUCAUGAUGCCUUUCACCAACGAGAUGUGGUGUACUUUGGCAGCUAUGACGAUGUUCAAUGCUUUUGUUAUUUGGUUAGUUGAGUCUAGAACUGGUCAUGAAUCUGUUGGAGCUAUCUUCUGGUUCCCUUUGGCAACCCUCUUCUAUGGAGGGCAUAGUAAGAUUUAUGUUAACUUCAAGCAUUUCACCUCGUUAUUGAGCAUGUUCUAUAUGGACUACAUGAAUUUUUUUUGUAAUGCAGGGGAAUCACCGAGGAGCAAUUUAACAUAUUUUGUGUUGGCCCCAUGGUUGGUCCUGAUCCUGGUUGUUUCUUCAACCUAUACACAAAGCUUUACUUCCAUGAUAACAAGCUCAGACACCGAGUCAUCAUCUUGCUUAGAUAUAGAAGAUCUCAAGAAAACAAAUGCUAUUGUGGGUUGUGAUAUGGAAGAUUCAAUUAUGUUGCAGCAUUUAGUGGAGUACAUUGGGUUCCAAAGAAAGAACAUCAAGCACAUUGCUCAAUCUUCAAUCGAUGAUUAUGCUAAAGCUCUAUCAACUGGAAAAAUAAAGGCUGCAUUCUUCUGGGCGCCUUAUUCGGGUCUUUUCCUUGCAAAAUACUGCAAAGGUUUCAGAUCUUGGGGACCCAACCAUAAUCUACGUGGUUCUUCAGUUAUUUUUCCAAGGGAUUCUCCUUUUGCUCCAUACAUGUCAGAGGCCAUGGUGCGAUUAUGUGGGAGUGGAAAAUUCAAGCGAAUGAAGGAUGAUUUACUAUCAUUUCCUGAGUGUUCGAGUUCAACAAUUGAUGUCACCAUGAAACGGGGAAUAGGACCUGGGCCCUUCUCAGGCUUAUUUAUUUUAUCAGGCACGGCAUCUGCAGUUGCAAUAUUGAUCACGGUUAUUCGACCGAUGAGAAGACGCUGGGAAAGGUUGGUUCAAGGAAUGUUGAUGGGUAGAGGACUUUGGGUAUGGCUGACUACUCUGUUUUCUCGAGACCAAAGGGGAAAUCAGCUCCAAGUUCAACUAGCAAGGAUUAGUUUCACGUCCCAAACACAACUUACCAGCUCCUAGCAUCAUGGGUGUAAAUGCAGGUCGAAGAUGUAUUUAGUUUAUUAUAUAUAUCAUGCCGAUGAAAACAAUUAUGUUAGAAACCUAUAAGGAACGAUCACGGAAAAAUCAAAAUAUGUUUGAAAUGGUAAAA